AUGGAUCGCUAUGCAAAAAUAGAGAAAGUUGGCACAUAUGGGGUUGUUUAUAAAGCGCGGGACGUUACAACGAAUCAGAUUGUAGCCCUUAAGAAAAUUCGACUGGAAGCAGAAGACGAAGGCGUCCCGAGCACUGCCAUCCGAGAAAUCAGUCUACUAAAGGAACUCAAGGAUGACAAUAUCGUUAGAUUGCUUGAUAUCGUGCACGCUGAACAGAAGCUUUAUCUCGUCUUUGAAUUCUUGGAUGUUGACUUGAAGCGCUAUAUGGAGAACGCCAACACAUCUGGUACGCCCAUUUCCAUCGGCAUAGUCAAACGAUUCACUCAUCAGCUCAAUGCGGGCCUUUUGUACUGUCAUUCGCAUAGAAUCUUACAUCGCGACCUGAAGCCUCAAAAUCUGCUUAUCGACAAGAAAAACAAUCUCAAACUCGCAGAUUUUGGCCUCGCGAGAGCUUUCGGCAUUCCAAUGAGGACAUAUACCCACGAGGUGGUAACUUUGUGGUACCGCGCGCCUGAAGUAUUACUUGGUUCUCGGCACUACUCGACAGCUAUUGACAUGUGGUCUGUUGGGUGCAUCUUUGCUGAGAUGGUUAUGCGUGGGAGUCCUCUGUUUCCCGGGGACUCUGAGAUUGACCAGAUCUUCAAGAUCUUCAGGAUCCUCGGUACUCCAAGCGAAGAGACUUGGCCGGGUGUGACUCAAUUACCUGAUUACAAGGAUACAUUCCCUCGAUGGUCGAAGCAGGAGCUCAAGGGUGUCGUACCUAAUCUUGAUGAACAAGGUUUGGAUCUGCUUGCGCAUACUUUGACAUAUGACACAGCCAAACGGAUUUCUGCAAAACGUGCUCUCAGCCACCCUUAUUUCGCGCACUACACACCGUCAUGA